CUAUGGCGGUUGUGUAAAUCACUCCUCGGACAUACACCGCGCGUCCACUGCCAUAUUUGGGGAAAUGGGCGGAGCUUGUUUAAGACAAGAUUAAGUUUUUGUGCUUAAGUUUUACAAACUUAUUUACAUAGAUAAUGACGGAUGUUUCCAAUAAAUGCUGAAUCAGCACGCAUAGAUGACAAAUCUUUAAUAUUACGGAAACAGUGACGUUAUUAUCGCAUCAUUGUGGACUAUUUUCUUCUCGCAGAUGUAAACAUCGAUAAACGCUGUAAAGGGGUUGUUUCAUUCAUUAGCGGCGGAAAUGGUAUUCCUACUCCAUUCAUUCAUAAACACGGCAAAUUAUUGAUAGUGGUUAGUUAGUAGUUUAUUCGUGUGGGGAGAGUCGGUUGAUAAAUUUGUUAGUGGUAAACAUAAACAGACUUAUGCGUCAGAAUAGCACAAGUUGUACAAACAUAUCUGUCGAUAUGUCCGAAGUAGGUGAGACUAUUGCAGAGAGUGUGGCUGUAGAGGAAGUUUCGCAACUGCUUUGCGCUGGAGAUGGCCAAACACUGUUGUUGGAUUGCCGGCCGUUCAUGGCCUUCAACGAGAAUCACAUAGUAAACGCGGUGAAUGUGUACUUACCGCCAAUUUUAAAACGAAGAUCGAAUGGAUUUGUUAGUCUUGAAAAUAUCGUUCAAUGUGAAAGCCGUCGUAAAAUGCUCCAGGACAAGCAAUUUGUACGAGUGAUUGCGUACGACAACGACACGACGGCACUCGCGACGUCGGCCAAAGACUCAAACCUGUAUCCGGUGCUCAAAAGUCUUCGACAACAAAUUGACAUUGAUGACGUCUUGUAUAUUUGCGGGGGAUUUCAACAGUUUCAAGAAUCUUUCCCUGAUCUUUGCAUCGGUCAGAAUGGCAAGGCGGAAGUGACGUCAUUAACACCGCCACCAAAGCGGACCACGUGCAAAUCGGGCCCAGUGGAGAUUGUGCCCUGGUUGUACCUCGGAGACUCGCACCACUCGUGUCAGCAGGCCGCACUCAAGGAGAUGGGCGUCACAUGCCUCCUCAACGUGUCCACCACGUGCAAGAACAUGUUCGAGGCGGAGUUUGACUACAUGAACAUUCCCGUAAACGACACUGACACCGCCAACUUGGCCUGCUGGUUCAUGGACGCCAUUCAGUUUAUAGAUAACGCUCGUGACAGUGACGGCAAGGUUCUCGUUCACUGCCAGGCAGGCGUCAGUCGCUCGGCAACCGUCUGCAUCGCUUACAUGAUGUAUAAAAAUAGCAUGUCGCUAGAGGACGCGUUUGACUACGUGAGGUCACGACGAGGACAGAUCUCGCCAAACCUUAACUUUAUGCAACAGUUAAAGCAGUUCGAAAAUGACUUGUACGAAAGAAAAAUGUUCGACAUUUCCGAAACUGUGUCGUCCUUAUCGACGUCGUUAGCGUCUGUGGAGUUCGACAUGAGCAACGCCUCCACGGAGGCCUUCUCCGCGACGAGUAGCGUCUUCGACUUCUCCUUCGCUUCACCGGCGCUCACCUCACCAAUCGUGCCGCCACUGUCGCCCAGGGAGAUCGUUUCCGCCAGCUAACUCCAACUAUAGAGUGCUUUUACGGUGGCAAUAUACUUACCUCAAAUGUCAGGGUCAUUCGGAUUCGGAUGUUCCAUGGAAGCGCGGACUUGUUUGGUUUGUGGGACACGGAUACAACGAUUGAAUGUGUUUGCUGUCAAUCGGCCGAGCCUUGCGGAUAUUGUCCUCAGGUGAAAGACAGUGCUUCUCUCGAUGCCCCGCCGAUACCUUAAGCCGCGCGGACUACUUGCCUGUGGCGAGCGAAGAGUUACUGUGAUAUACAUAUUCAUGCAUUAUAUCAUUUGAUUGAUAUCUCUAUGUGUUGACGGUUUUCAUAAGUGAUAUGUAUGCAUAAUUGCUAACUGAACAACGCAAAUACUUAUGACGCUACCAUAAGCAUGUAUAUACGAGAGCAACGACUAAGUACUUUUGAACGUGCGGACAAGGACGAAUUAAAUUUACUAUUAACCAAAAGUCAACUAUAUUGAUGCCAUCAGAAUUCACGCAGAAUUCACGGUUACUUAAGUCGUGUAAACUGUAAAUAUGUAAUAAGCUAUUUAAGUGCCUCAUCAUUCUUACUAUAUAUGAACAAUUGCAAACCUGCAGUAGGUAGCAAAAGCGAUUCAUUGUAACAAUGUCGCAAAAUGUACAUAAACAUUAUAUGCAUUUGAUUGAACAGUUUGCAUUUCAUUUACUUUGUAAAAACUGUUGUUUCAUUAAAUUGUUAAAUUGAAAAAUAUAAUGAAAAAAAUAUAAAUGAUUUAGUUUAA